CAUUUGCCGUAACAGGACAGAAUAAAAUGCGCCCGUAGCCCGUCUCCUAAGUCAGCUGUUCUCGCUGUAAACAAGAGGACGGGCAACAGUCAUAUUCCCUCCUUUUCUACAUCAUUUAUCAACGUUGAAAGUCACAGCAAGUCAAGAGUAUGUCUCUUGAUGGAGAAGAGCAAGAUGAUGAACUGCUGGCCUUAGCAAGCAUAUAUGAGGACUCUUUUGUCUCAGCGUUGGAUCAUGAUGCAGAGGCAGACUUGGCUGUGAAAGAUGAGGUUUUAAAAGGAGGAGAACUUGCUAUACACUUAGACUUACCUCCUGAGUUCUCAGUACUUUCUAAAAGAGUGGGGGAUAAUGAUGAAGUGCUUGAACAGAGGCUUGUGGUGGAACAUUUGCCUCCACUCUACCUUCACUUCACAUAUCCCUCCACAUACCCCUCGGAACAUCCACCAAAUUUCACACUCUCCUGCAAGUGGCUUAACCGUGCACAGUUAACUCAGCUCUGCACCCAGUUGGAUGCUCAAUGGGAAGAGAACAAAGGAAGUGUUAUUAUGUUCACCUGGGCCCAGUUCCUGAAAGACAGCAGUCUCGAAAGCCUUGGUUUUACUGAUGAAUUAGAUUUAGAUAUUAUUAAGCCUGUCCAAGGUGUGAACAUUGGUGAUGGGCCAUUGCAACAGGAAAUUCAGGGGGAAACUGGUGCUAAUGGAGAUGAAGGCAAAAUCUGUGAUAAUUCCCUUAGUGAUAAUAGUGGUGAAACGGAAGGAGCUGCAGUUGUAACUGAAGCAAGACGAGGUAGCCUGAGCCUUGAUUCUCGAACUAUUCAGGACAUUGCUCCAAAUACAAAUAUGCUCAGAUUGCUGCGUGACUAUGAUGAAGACAUGAGAAGGAAAGUCUUCAGUAAUAAGAAUUUUGAAUGUAAAGUUUGCUUUAUGGAUAAGCUAGGGAAUCAUUGUUUAGAAUUCUGGCCUUGCCAUCAUGUAUAUUGCAAAGACUGUAUGGCAUCUUAUUUUGAGGUGCAAAUCAAUGAGGGAAACAUCAAGUUCCUCAGAUGUCCUGAGGAUGACUGUGAAUCAGAAGCCAACCCAAAACAGGUUCAAGAGCUUGUCUCAGAAGACAUGUACAAGAGAUGGGAUGAAAUGUUGCUCAACACUACACUGUCUGCAUUGGGCGAUAUCCAGCCUUGCCCAAGGAUGCACUGCCAGUACCCUGUGACUAUAGAGGAAGGCCAAGGAACCUGUCCUUCGUGCAAGUUUGUCUUUUGUGGUUUGUGCAGAUUUGGAUGGCAUGGGAUUGAGCCUUGUAAGCUGAAGAAGACUGAAGCAAGGCAAGCCUUAGAUCUGUAUGUAAGUGGAGACGAUGAUGCCAAACGGGAACUGGAAAGAAGAUUUGGCAAGAAGUACAUGGAAAUGCUGAUGAACGAAUACCUUUCCCUGAACUACUUGGAAGAGAAUGCAAAGCAGUGCCCCAAGUGCUAUGCCAAGAUUGAGAAAAUUGAUGGCUGCAACAAGAUGACUUGCCAGCAGUGCAGCAACUACUUCUGCUGGCUGUGCAACAAAUUGCUCAACAAAUUCAGGCCAUAUGAGCACUUCAAUGACAAAAGGUCCCCCUGCUUUGACAUGCUUUUUGCUGGGAUGGUUGAGGAUGAGAUUGGCAUGUCAGAUGACGAGGAGGAGGAGAUAAAUGAUCUUGAAUGAGUCUGGAGAAGUUAAGCACAGGUGUUAUUUGGAAAUGGUGUUUGUCUUAGUGAGAUUGGCUAUGUACUGUAUGUUGCAUUUUUCAUUUAUUAAUAUUGUCACCUUUUUUUUUUUCAUAUUUAUGUAAUUGUAUUAUUAUUAUUAUUAUUAUUAUUAUUAUUAUUAUUAUUAUUAUUAUUACUAUUAUAACUAUUACUAUUAUCAUUAUUACCUAUUACUAUUACUUAUUAUUAUUACUUAUUAUUAUAAUCAUUAUAUUAUUACACAUCACCAUUCUUAUUGUAAUCACAUAUUAUUAUUAUUUUUUUUUUUUAUUAUUAUUAUUAUUAUUAUUAUUAUUAUUAUUAACAUCAUCAUCAUUAGUAAUAUCAUUAUUACUAUUAGUGAUUCUCAUUAUAUUUUGAUUAAUAUUAUCAAAAUGUAUUACUAUUGCCCUCACAAAUCAUGAUCAUUGCUGACCAUCACCACCACCAUUGUCCUUUGCAAGAGUGUAAACCAUAUUAUUGCUGUAAGUACGAGCUUAUAAAUGCAGCCGCCACGUCCCCAUAGAGAGAGGAAAAGGGGAAAUCAGUCAAAGAUAAGGAUAAAAUUUUUAUUCUUGAGAAUUAUAAUAACAGCAGAUUUUGCCCACUAGUGUAAGUAAUCCUUGGAGUUAAUAAGCAACAGUAAUAUUUUUUUUCGUUAUGGAAGGAUUACUCACAUACAUAUGGUGUAAUGAGAAAGUAAUUAUAUAACUUAUUUUAAUUACUGUUAUAUUAUUAUUAUUACUGUUAUAAUCAUUAUUUCAUUAUUAUUAUUAUUAUUAUUAUUACUAGUAUUUUUUUAGUAUUAUCUUUAUUUUGCUUUAAUCAUCAUCAUCAUCAUCA